AUGAACUCGAAGAUGGAGUUUACCGACAGGGCCAAGAAGGCGUUGGAAGACGCCAUGGUCCUGGCCGAGCAAUACGCACACUCCCAGCUGCUGCCCGUGCAUCUAGCGGUUGCCCUCCUCGAUCCGCUCCCCGACCAGAGCAAAGACCAGCAGAAUGUCACCCCCGGCACCACCAGCACCCUCUUCCGCCAGGUCAUCGAGCGUGCCCGCGGCGACCCGCAGCUCUUCGACCGCGCUCUGAAGAAGAGCCUCGUCCGUUUGCCGAGCCAAGACCCACCCCCUGAGCAGGUUUCGAUGGCACCCACAUUCAAUACGGUCUUGCGAAAGGCCAUGGACCUUCAGAAGGUGCAAAAGGACACAUACAUCGCCGUCGAUCAUCUGAUCACCGCUCUAUCAGAAGACAACUCGAUCCAGACGGCCCUCAAAGAAGCCAACAUUCCGAAGCCAAAGCUUAUCCAGGAUGCCAUCACAACCAUCCGGGGUACGAAGCGCGUCGACUCACGGAACGCCGACACGGAGGAGGAGAAUGAGAACCUCGCCAAAUUCACCAUCGACAUGACAGCCAUGGCGAGGGAAGGUAAGAUGGAUCCCGUCAUCGGCCGCGAAGAGGAGAUCCGCCGUGUUGUCCGGAUUCUCUCUCGCCGCACCAAGAACAACCCCGUGCUCAUUGGUGAGCCCGGUGUGGGCAAGACCACCGUGGUCGAGGGCCUAGCGCAGCGCAUCGUCAACUCGGACGUCCCCGAUAACCUGGCUGCCUGCAAGCUGCUCUCCCUGGACGUGGGUGCCUUGGUUGCUGGCAGCAAAUACCGGGGAGAAUUCGAGGAGCGCAUGAAAGGCGUGCUCAAGGAGAUCCAAGAGUCCAAGGAGACGAUUGUCCUCUUCGUCGACGAGAUUCAUCUCCUCAUGGGCGCCGGCUCAUCGGGCGAAGGCGGCAUGGACGCAGCCAACCUCUUGAAGCCCAUGCUUGCUAGAGGACAGCUCCACUGUAUCGGUGCCACGACGCUGGCCGAGUACCGCAAGUACAUCGAGAAGGAUGCCGCCUUUGAGCGCCGCUUCCAGCAAGUCCUCGUCAAGGAGCCGUCCAUCCCCGAGACCAUCUCGAUCCUCCGUGGCCUCAAGGAGAAGUACGAAGUUCACCACGGUGUCAACAUUGCCGACGCUGCCAUCGUUGCCGCCUCGAACCUCGCCGCCCGCUAUCUGACUUCUCGGAGACUGCCGGAUUCGGCUGUUGAUCUCAUCGACGAGGCAGCAGCUGCUGUCCGGGUUGCCCGGGAGUCCCAGCCCGAGAUUAUCGACUCGCUCGAGCGCCGGCUCCGCCAGCUGAAGAUCGAAAUCCACGCCCUGACCCGCGAGAAGGACGACGCGUCCAAAGCACGCCUUGCCCAGGCGAAACAGGACGCUGAAAAUGUCGAAGAGGAGCUGAGACCGCUCCGCGAGAAGUACGAGCGCGAGCGCCAACGCGGCAAGGAUAUCCAAGAGGCCAAGCUUAAGUUGGAGAACCUUCGUGUGAAAGCGGAGGAUGCCAGCCGGGUGGGCGACCACAGCCGCGCCGCCGAUCUCCAGUACUACGCUAUUCCCGAGCAAGAGCAGAUAAUCAGGCGCCUCGAGAAGGAGAAGGCGGCCGCCGAUGCGGCCCUCAACGAUAGCGGUGCCGAUGCCGGCGGUUCUAUGGUCACCGACGUCGUCGGGCCCGAUCAGAUCAACGAGAUUGUCGCUCGCUGGACCGGCAUCCCGGUCACACGGUUGAAGACGUCCGAGAAGGAGAAGCUGCUACACAUGGAGAGCGUCCUGGGGAGGAUCGUGGUCGGCCAGAAGGAGGCGGUCCAGUCCGUGUCCAACGCUAUCCGGCUGCAGCGCUCCGGCCUCGCCAACCCGAACCAGCCGCCGAGCUUUUUAUUCUGCGGUCCUUCCGGUACCGGUAAGACGCUGCUCACCAAGGCGCUUGCCGAGUUCCUAUUCGACGACCCGAAGUCCAUGAUCCGCUUCGACAUGUCCGAGUACCAAGAGCGGCACUCGCUCAGCCGCAUGAUUGGUGCCCCGCCCGGCUACGUCGGUCACGAUUCUGGUGGCCAGCUGACGGAGGCACUCCGCCGCAAGCCGUUCUCCAUCCUGCUCUUCGACGAGGUCGAGAAGGCGGCCAAGGAAGUGCUCACCGUCCUCCUUCAGCUCAUGGACGAUGGUCGCAUCACGGACGGCCAGGGCCGUGUUGUCGAUGCGAGAAACUGCAUCGUUGUCAUGACGUCCAACCUCGGCGCCGAGUAUCUCGCCCGGCCCAACGGCAAGGACGGCAAGAUCGAUCCGACUACUAGGGAGCUCGUCAUGAACGCGCUGCGCAAUUAUUUCCUGCCCGAGUUCCUCAAUCGCAUCUCGUCCGUCGUCAUCUUCAAUCGACUGACGCGGCGCGAGAUCCGCAAGAUUGUCGACCUGCGCAUCUCGGAGAUCCAGAAGCGCCUGUUCGACAACGACCGCAACGUGGUCAUCCGCGUGUCGGAGGCCGCCAAGGACAAGCUCGGCGCCGCCGGCUACUCGCCCGCGUACGGCGCCCGCCCGCUCCAGCGCCUGCUCGAGAAGGAGGUGCUCAACCGCAUGGCCAUCCUCAUCCUGCGGGGCAGCAUCCGCGACGGCGAGACGGCCCGCGUCGACAUUGUCGAUGGCAAGGUCACCGUCAUCCCGAACCAUGUCGACAGCGAGGGCGAGGACGAAGAUAUGAUGGUGGAUGAGGACGAGGCGCUCGAGGAGGUCGCGCCGGAUUCGAUGGAUGAGGAUAUUUAUGAUUAA